AUGUAGCAUAGUUGGACGCGACGGAGAGGCGAGGAAAGAAAAGGGCAAGGAAGAGACCUGUACUAAAUUCAGCCUCGCACUCUUGGCGCCAAUCCGACUUAAAGAGGACAAAAACAACUAAUUUUUCGUUUACGUUUUAAUCAAAUCUGCGCGUCGCCGCUGCUUCUGUCCCAGCCAUCGCUCGGAGCUCCAGCCAGCUAGCCUCGUUAGCACACUAUCUAUCAUUGCCAUAUUAAUCUGGCCCCCUUCUGUCUGUCUGUACUGACGAGACUAAUAACUCAGCAACAGUGAAACACGGGGACAAUAGAGGUGUGUUUCUCCAGGGGGACCGACAAGACACAGCUGCAAAAAAUGGGGAGGAAGUCCAACAGAGCAAAGGAGAAGAAAGCCCGGCGUCUGGAAGAGAGGGCAGCUAUGGAUGCGGUGUGUGCCAAGGUGGAUGCCGCCAACAAGCUCGAUGACCCACUGGCUGCCUUCCCAGCCUUCAAAAAGUACGACAGAAAUGGGCUGAACCUGCAGAUAGAGUGUAAGAGAGUGACCUCCCUCAACCCGCUGUCUGUGGAGUGGGCCUUUGAACUCACCAGAGCCAACAUGCAGACGCUGUACGAGCAGAGCGAGUGGGGCUGGAAGGAGAGGGAAAAGCGGGAGGAGAUGAACGACGAGAGGGCGUGGUACCUACUGGCCCGCGAUGGUGACUCUGCCCCUGUGGCCUUCUCUCACUUCCGAUUUGACGUGGAGUGUGGGGAGGAGGUUUUAUAUUGCUAUGAGGUGCAGUUAGAGAGCAGAGUGCGGAGGAAAGGAUUAGGAAAGUUCCUUAUCCAGAUACUACAGCUCAUCGCUAACAGUACACAGAUGAAGAAAGUGAUGUUGACAGUUUUCAAACACAACCACGGGGCUUACCAGUUCUUCAGGGAAGCUUUACAAUUCGAGAUUGACGAGACUUCGCCAAGCAUGUCCGGUUGCUGUGGCGACGACUGCUCUUAUGAGAUCCUCAGCCGGCGGACCAAACACGGCGAGGCCUCAGCGGGACACACCCACGGGGGUGGGCACUGCGGCGGCUGCUGCCACUGAUGGGCUCCACCUUUUACGAUUGGUUAAAAGCCAGCAACUUUUCAUAGCUGUGUGUGAAAGCUCGAGCUGCCUGCUACUGCUGCAGGCGUUUUGAGUUUGACUGGCUGUAGGGCGCCGUUAAAAAUGAACUAAAGGGGGAACACCUGGCUACAGAUGUCAGUGUCGCAUUAUGGAUUGGGAUUUAUGUGUUUUUCUUUUGGUGUAUUCCUGCUACAAAAGCAGUAUGCAGUGUGAGCUUUCACACAUGGCUCCUGUUCUUUCUUUCUUACUUCUGGGUUCGAUGUCCAAGCCAUCUUUUCUCAUUCUCUUACUCCAGUUAAUGAUGACAGUAAGUAGUUCCCAGUCAAGGCAAAGCUCUGGCUCUUGACAUCCCACCGUGCUCUCAUCCUCUUAUGUGUUAUUCUGUAUUCAAUCAUUCUGCAGCGCUUCUCAAACUAUGGCUUGGGACCUGGCCUAUGGCUGUAUUAUAGAAACUUUCUACCUCAAGUCCAGAUUUCAGUACAUUUUUCUAGAUAAAUCAUGACCUCACUCCAAUUAUUAUGUGUAUGGAGCAGAUAAGAAGAGCUGGUCAGUUUCUGUUAUACAGCCCCUGAUUGGUGUAGGGCGUCACUCUGCGACUAUUGAACCAGGGUCCCAGGAUCAGGAGGAAUGUUCUCACAUUUGAGUCCCAUAAAACACUGUAACAUCACCUGUUAGAUUGCAAGUUAUAUGCACGUAUGACUUGAACCCUGUCGGCCUAUUAUACUACCAUUACAAGUACACUGUUAGCACCAUCCGUCUUCUUUAUUUAGGUGGUGCCCAAAUCUUUAGGUGUCUCCCCUGCUUUUAAGUUUUAUAAUUAAGGAGAAAAGAUUGCUCUUUUCAUUAAUAUGCUAGUAACAAAACAUAUUUCCCACCAUCUGUUGCUUUUAAUCUGCAUCCAACCCAGAAAAUAAUCCCAGUAUGACCCUCUUGCUCAUUCACAUGUUGCUUGAACCCACAGCUGUAUUUCCUUAUCAGUGGUACAUGUCAAGAACUGAAACUCUGAAGACGCAAGGUCUUUAGUCCAUGAAAUAAUUCGCUUUCAUUUUCACCCUUUCUUCUCACCAUCUUUAUCUUGUUUCCAUCCUCACAGCAGUGUCUCCCACAGAAUUAAAACCUAUUUGUGGCAGCAGCUAAUGCUGGUGGGGGCCUUAAAUUCUUGGGUAUCAUUCUGUCCUGUCUCUAAAUUUGGACAUUUUAGCGGCCCAUGAACGCAGUACAGGCGGAGCUCUGUGAGUUCUUUUUUCCUCAGCAACAGUUUGUUGAGUUUUAGUUGCAGAGUGGAUCAUUGAUUAGCUGAUUUGAUCGAUGGAUGAGAGGAGCAGCUUCUGACGCUUCGAGUGAAAGCAAACUUUUAGACUAGGGAUGCAUAAUACUGGAUUUUUUUGCCGAUAUCCGAUAUACCGAUUAUAUUACAACUCAUAUUACCAAUAUCAAUAGAUCUACUUUUUUCCCCAUCUAAUUUUAGCAAUCACCAUGUCUCCUCUGUAGUGGAGUUAACAUCAUAUUAUGCAUACUCUUAUUGUGAUGGGCCAUCAGCAGAUGGAGACAUAAAAUACAUUGUUUUUUAGUAUAUAUAAUAUUGAUUCAAUGUGCAAAAUAAGAACAAUACCUUUCAAUCAAUUUAGGAUGAUGUUUUGUACAUGUUCACCUUGUCAAUAAAGACAAAAAUCAGUUUGCGAUAUUGGCAGAAAUUAGCAUGUUGG